GCUUCAAAAGUGCAAUUGCAAGGAUUAAUUGCAAUUUCUUAUGAAAUUAUGCACCAAAUUCCGGUAUAUCUGGUUGAAGACCCCAAUCCCGGGGCUCGGGAGUAUGACACAAUGUCCAUGGUCCUGACUCCGCGUAAUUUGAUAGAAUCUGAGCUCUUCCUUAAAGUGCUGAAGAAAGAAACGGAUGCGGUGUUCAAUCAUUUCGCGGAUAUAGCUCCCAGUUGCCUUGUCGUAGCCAAGGAGAACAUGGACAAAAAGGAUCCGACUAUCUUGAAGCUGAUUUUUGAGCUCAUGAACGAAAUCAUUUGCCGGGCACCUUGCAACACGGACACAUUCGUAGAUGCUGUCUUAGCACGAAGCAUUCAUUAUAUGAAAAGGAAUCGCUACUCGCUAGCCGUUCAAGACUUGACGUUUUACGAGAGCUUAGAUUCAAAACUCAAAACACCAGAGGGCAUUGUUAUUUCCCGGAUUCUUUCAUGUGUUUCCCUUUUUUUGGCAGGCGAACUUAAUACAGCAAAGGCUAGGCUUGCCGAUCUCAACGAGAUGAUUGCAAAAUCACCACCACUCAACAGUGCCGAUGUUAAAGGAUUUCUUUUGUUGUUGGCGCAAUACCAAGCGAAAAUCAGCACCUGUGUAGUUAAGGAGGUUAAACCCAAGAUAACACAUGAGCCCAUUAAACCUUAUAAGGGUUUCAAGCUGAUACGAAAAAUACCAUAUGCUAGCAGUGCCUGUGUAUAUAUUGGCAAAAACGCUGGAGUGUUUGCAACCACUGAUAUUGACAAAGGAGAAAUCGUGUUGGUGGAGGAGCCUGCCUACUAUCAGCUUGGUGCACCAUUUAGUAACUGUGAUCUGUGCGGAUCUCCCCAGGAAUUGGUCUACACCUGUGCUGGUUGCCGCUACAAAACAUAUUGCUCUGAAUCAUGCAUGAAAGACGACGCGGAGAUUCAUCAGUAUGAAUGUUACGGCUUUAAAAUAGCAAUUAUACCAUUGUUGGAGUCGACAACUUUAUAUCGACUGUUUCUUCAAGCAGCUGACUAUAUAUUACCGGCUCUAGUCGAUUUUGCUCUUGAUGGCGGAGAAAUAAAAAGUGCCAAAGAGGCUUGGAGCUUCAUACUCGAACAUGCCAAAGAGGAGGAGAAGGAGUAUAACAUGUAUGGAGACUUUUUGGCCAACAAGCCCGACUACCACAAGGUGACCAAAGAAAACUACAUCGAAAUCAUAACGAAAGCAUUUCGGUUGGCUGUUUUUAUUUACAACGAUACCAAUCUUAAAGAGAAAUAUUUUUAUAUGCUAGCACUUAAAAAAGAAGAUAUGAUUAAGGUAAUAGGUUCCAUUCUUCUGCGCUUGGCAGCUCACGUUCUAUUGAACUCCCACCAUGAGAAAUUAGCACCAUUUAAAGAAGCCAUCAAUGAGAAUAAGUAUCCAAGCGAAGAGUUUGAUGAACUAAAAACGAAAAUGGAUCGUGUAGAAGAAAAUGCAUUCAGUUAUUAUGGACUGGAUGCGGUAGCUGAUUUUGUAAACUGUUACAAUGACGUAACCAAUUCUUUUGAUGUUUGCGGGAAUAAUUUUGACAAGUUCAUGGCAAUUGAGAGUCCCAUAUACCAGUUUAUCAAUAAGGUGCUUUCACUUUGCCUCAACAAUACUGAAGUGGACUGUGUUGAAGAUAUUGUAGAGGGGAAAUCCUUAAACGCACAGGAAAUAGCUGAUAAAAUAAAAACCCUGAACACUUCAAAGCGGUGUGAAUUGUUGAAAACCUUCACCAAACGCUUUCAACAGUUUGCUAUGCAGUAUUUUACCAGAGGAAAACGUAACAGAAACUAUCGUCAAGUGAAGUCUUCCAUUUGUUCGACGUUGAAAUCCUUUCGUCACUGUUGCGGGGAAGAAAACGUUAAAGUAAUUUGCAUGUCAAGCGGAAAUUUUAUAGGAGUUACAACAAAAAAAGUUAAAUCUGGUUCCGAAUUGGUUGUGUGCUGCGAUUUCAUAAAGAAAAGCGCGCUGCACUCAACAACGUGUAUGGAACAAGGCCUGGGCUACGAUUUCCCGUUGUAUAUACGUAAUGAAAAUCACACUUUUGGAAUAACUUGUAGUAUUGAGGAUAGAUGUAUUGAACGCAUAAACCUUUCUCCAGAUGUGAUUCGACAAAAUAUGGCAUUUAUUUGUCAUAUCAAAAAAAAAGUUUCCGAUUGGAAAACAUCCCCACAAGAUUUUAGGAUUCAACAUGACUUGUCUGUUUUGUAUGGAGCCUACAAUAGUUUUCUUACCUUACAUUUCCCGCAUGGCCAUCCGAUGCGAUUACUGGGAGUGCUCAAAUUUUCCACGUUCCUCGCCACAAAUGGUUUUCUGGAGCAUUCCAGCUUUAUAAUAAUGCACAUAAUUAAUGUAAUGGAGAAGGAAGACACCUGUUUCGAAGACACCGCACUUUACCACCAAAUUUUUUGCAUUAUUCGUUCAAUAAUCGAACAAUAUAUUGAUAUCAUGAUUGAUUCUUCGGAUAUAGAUGCAGGGUACCCUGUACUGCUACUGGGAAGCUGUUGGUGUUUGUUAAAAAGACUAAUGCAUCAGAUUGAAAAUCUAAAAGAUGAAGAGGGAAGUUCCCUAUUCGCAGAAUAUCGUGCUUAUCAUCACAAGUGGAAGUUGAUACUUAGCUCUUACCUUCAGACGCCAUCCGGCUUGAAGAAAUUUUUGGUUAAGUCCAAAGAUUGUCCUGUGGCAUAAUUUAUAUGUACUUCCUAAGCUUAGACUUUUUUUUUAAAACCUAAACCCGUGACAGCCAUAUUAUU